AGUGCCACCCUAGCUCGUGAACCGGCCAACUUUCCCAUUUCGGGUUUCAUUUCCACAUUCUCAACGGUGAGAGAGAGAGAGAGAGAGAGUCUCGAAUCACAAUUACAAGGGGCAACCUGAGAUCAAACCAAACUCUAGACACACCAAACCAUGUGGAGGACGCUUUCUACACAGCUUCGUACCUUCGCUCCAGCCCGAUCUAUUUACAAACCUCGUCGAUUCAUCACCGGCAACGUCUCUUCUUCUACGUCGCCGGCUACGUCGUCAUUCCGGCCCACCCUCACUCUCUUCUCCCGCCACUUUAGUUCUGAAUCUGGAGAAAAUGUUGUCACGAAGAAGAGAGUGGAGGAUGUAAUGCCUAUUGCGACUGGACACGAGCGCGAGGAGCUUGAAGCUGAGCUUGAAGGACGGAAUAUUAUGGAUAUUGACCAUCCUGUUGGUCCUUUUGGUACGAAGGAAUCACCUGCGGUGAUCAAGUCCUACUAUGACAAAAGAAUUGUUGGCUGCCCUGGUGGUGAAGGGGAAGAUGAGCAUGAUGUUGUUUGGUUCUGGCUAGAGAAAGGGAAGCCACAUGAAUGCCCAGUCUGCUCUCAGUAUUUUGAGUUGGAAGUGGUUGGCCCAGGAGGCCCUCCAGGUGGGCAUGGUGAUGAUGAUCACUGA